UUGGUCGUUUGGAUUGGGACACAUCAAACCGGAUUGGGGUUCUGCAAUUCCCAUUUCGGGAUGAGUUUCGUUUCUUUUCUCUCGGAAUUCUGCAUUUUCUGAUAUGUCUUUCCCCGUUCGAUCACCUCAACAAUCUCACUGAGAGAGAUUGGCAGAGCUUUUGUUUUGUCAUUUAACUUACUGGCAUUACUUACAGCGUACUUUUCACAUUCAUUGCUCUCUUAUAUCAGUAACAACCUGACUAUUUACUCUGAUCUCGUCUCUCUUCGUCCAACAGCAUUUCCCCUUCAUUUCAUAUAGAAUUCUCAGCUCUCACCUCUCCAGCUAGCUCUCACGAAAUGGGGUGUAAUCACAAUUUUAUUUGCAGCCGUAGAGUUUGGUAUUUUUGUAUUUCGGCCAUCUUUCUCCUCAUGAUAAGCUCCACCCAGCUGAGACUCAUUGCUGAAGGCAGAACAAUUUCCGAACCAUUUUCCAAGGCAAUUUUUAGAGCUCGAAUAGGAUCAAGGCCUCCAAGGUGCGAGAGUAGGUGCAGCUCAUGUGGGCAUUGUGAAGCCAUUCAAGUCCCUGCAAAUCCGCAAGUGAAGAAUGGGAACAGAAACUUUUCCAGGGUCUCAAAUGCUGCUGCAUAUGCAAGAGGCGAUGACAGUUCCAACUACAAGCCCAUUAGUUGGAAAUGCAAAUGUGGGAAUCUCAUCUUCAACCCAUAAUCAAACCAACUGCAUUAGAGUUUUUUUUGAGGUGAUCAAAGAAGAAAAAUACCUAUUUGUGAGCCUUGUAAAUUAUAAUGAUUCUAAUUACAGUACUUCUGUUUCUCCUUUUUAAGUACUUUUAGAAACUUUUUCCCUGUGGGGAAAGAUCAUGGGUUCCAUAAAAUACUGAUCUAUAUAUGAAUCUAUUGUAAUCGGUAUAUAUAUCUUAUCAA